AUGGCGGAGCGGGCGCCGGAGCCCGAGGCGGAGGCGGAGGCUGAGGCGGGCGCAGGCGGGGAGGCGGCCGCCGAGGAGAGCGCUGCGGGUCGCAAAGCGCGGGGCCGGCCACGGCUUACGGAGUCGGACCGGGCCCGGCGGCGGCUCGAGUCCCGGAAGAAGUACGACGUGAGGCGCGUGUACCUGGGCGAGGCGCACGGGCCCUGGGUGGACCUGCGGCGCCGCAGCGGCUGGAGCGACGCCAAGCUCGCCGCCUACCUCAUCUCGCUGGAGCGCGGCCAGCGUAGCGGCCGCCACGGGAAGCCUUGGGAGCAAGUCCCUAAAAAGCCAAAGCGGAAGAAAAGGCGGCGACGCAAUGUGAACUGCCUGAAGAACGUGGUGAUCUGGUACGAGGACCACAAGCACCGCUGCCCCUACGAGCCGCACCUGGCUGAGCUGGACCCCACCUUCGGCCUGUACACCACAGCCGUGUGGCAGUGUGAAGCCGGGCACCGCUACUUCCAAGACCUGCACUCCCCGCUGAAGCCACUCAGCGACUCGGACCCCGAGAGUGACAAAGUGGGCAAUGGCCUGGUGGCCGGCAGCUCUGACUCGUCCAGUUCCGGCUCUGGCUCUGACUCCGAGGAGCCCCCCGAGGGCCAGCCAACCAAGGCGACGGUAGCCACGGCGGCAGUCACACCCACCAGCCCGGCAGGCAGCAGUGGGCUCAUCACACAGGAGGGCGUGCACAUCCCCUUCGAUGUCCACCACGUGGAGAGCCUGGCCGAGCAGGGCACCCCGCUAUGCCCCAACCCGGCCAGCAGUGGGCCGGAGGCCCUGGAGACAGUGGUGUGCGUGCCCGUGCCCGUACAAGUGGGCCCGGGUCCCGGCACCCUCUUUGAGAACGUGCCCCAGGAGGCACUGGGUGAGGUGGUAGCCAGCUGUCCCAUGCCAGGCAUGGUGCCGGGGUCGCAGGUGAUCAUCAUCGCCGGCCCCGGCUACGACGCCCUCACAGCCGAGGGCAUCCACCUCAACGUGGCAGCCGGCAGCAGUGCCCCCGGAGGGGGCCUGGGCGAUGAGGUGCCCUGUGCCAUGAUGGAGGGCGUGGCUGCCUACACACAGACAGAGCCAGAGGGUGGCCCACCCAGUACCAUGGACCCUGCUGCCAUGACAGGCAUUGAGACCAAGAAAGGUCUGGGGGGGCCAUGCCAGUCCGGGGGCUGGAAGGGGGGCACAUUGGGACCUGGCGAGGGGAGGGCGAGGAGUGACCCCAGAAUGAGCUCCUCAAUAGCCUUAGUCCCCAUGGGCACUCACUCUGUGUCCACCCCCAUAGAGAAGGAGGACCUGUACGUGCUCAAGAAGGAGGAGAAGGAGGAGCUGGUGGCCCCCGAGAUGGCUGAGCUGGCUGCGACGGUGCCUGAGAGCGCCGAGCCUGAGGCCGAGGCUGACGGGGAGGAGCUAGAGGGCAGCGACAUGUCCGCCAUCAUCUACGAGAUCCCCAAGGAACCCGAGAAGAGGCGGCGGAGCAAGAGGUCGAGGGUGAUGGAUGCCGACGGCCUGCUAGAGAUGUUCCACUGCCCCUACGAAGGCUGCAGCCAGGUCUAUGUGGCCCUCAGCAGCUUCCAGAACCACGUCAACCUCGUGCAUCGGAAAGGGAAGACCAAAGUGUGCCCUCAUCCUGGCUGCGGCAAGAAGUUCUAUUUAUCCAACCACCUACGGCGGCACAUGAUCAUUCACUCAGGUGUCCGCGAGUUCACCUGUGAAACCUGCGGCAAGUCCUUUAAGAGGAAGAACCACCUGGAGGUACACCGGCGCACGCACACGGGCGAGACGCCUCUUCAGUGCGAGAUCUGUGGCUACCAGUGCCGACAGCGCGCAUCGCUCAACUGGCACAUGAAGAAGCACACGGCCGAGGUGCAGUACAACUUCACUUGCGAGCGCUGCGGGAAGCGCUUCGAGAAGCUGGACAGCGUCAAGUUCCACACGCUCAAAAGCCACCCGGACCACAAGCCCGCCUGAUUCGCCCCGACCACUGAACGCCCCUAUUUAUUCGUCCGAUUGGACACCAUGCCUGUCAGGGCCGGGACAUCCGCGGGCGGCCGCCCGGACCGCGGGCCGGAAGGAGGCGCCCCUGCUCCGCUCUAGGGCUGGGCCCCCGGGGCAGGUCCCCCACCCCCGCCCGAUUUCUGGAGCUGGCCCCUAAGGUUGCACUGCUGGAACUGUGUCAAGAGAGAAG